CAGGAAUAAAAUAAGAAUAAAGAAGAAGAGGUUAGAGAACAAUGAUUGCUAGGAAAUUUUCGUCUGCUACCUCUCGUUCAUUGCGUGUUUGUGUUGUUGGCAGUGGUCCUGCUGGUUUUUACACUGCUGAGAAGAUGCUGAAAGCACAUGAAGGAGCAGAAGUUGACAUCAUUGAUAGAUUGCCAACACCAUUUGGAUUAGUCCGUUCAGGGGUAGCACCUGAUCACCCUGAAACAAAGAUUGUCAUCAACCAAUUUUCACGAGUUGCACAGAAUGAAAGAUGCUCAUUUUUUGGAAACGUGUCUCUUGGAUCCUCCAUUUCUCUAUCUGAGCUACGCCAAAUUUAUCAUGUGGUUGUGCUUGCUUAUGGUGCUGAAAGUGACAGAAUUCUUGGCAUUAAAGGAGAGGAAUUGAAAGGUAUACACUCUGCUAGAGAAUUUGUUUGGUGGUAUAAUGGGCAUCCAGAUUUCAGUAAUAUGACACCUGACUUGAAGAACACAGACACAGCCAUUGUUCUGGGACAGGGUAAUGUGGCUCUUGAUGUUGCAAGGAUUCUUUUAAGGUCACCUACAGAGUUAUCUACAACUGAUAUUGCUAGCCAUGCUUUGGAUGCUCUUAGGGAGAGUUCCAUAAGGAAAGUUUAUCUUGUUGGCAGACGUGGGCCCGUUCAAGCAGCUUGUACUGCAAAAGAGCUACGAGAAAUUCUUGCUAUCAAAGAUUUGCAAAUUAACAUCAAGGAAGCAGAUCUUGUAAAAACAUCUGCAGAUGAGGAAGAAAUGAAGAACAACCGUAUAAGGAAAAGAGUCUUUGAGUUGUUAUCCAAGGCAUCAUCAACAUCUGGUCAAACUUCCGGUCAACGGGAAUUGGAAUUCACAUUCUUCCGGAAACCUGAUAAAUUUCUUGAAUCAGAUGACAGAAGUGGCUAUGUUGGUGGUGUGCACUUUGAGAAGACAACAUUAAAAGGAAAUGGUGACUCUGGAUAUCAGAUUGCAACAGGGACAGGGGAGUAUGAGGAUAUAAAAUGCGGAUUGGUACUUAAGAGCAUAGGCUACAAAUCCAUACCUGUUGAUGGUUUACCUUUUGACCAUUCCAAAGGUGUGGUUCCAAAUAUUAAAGGGCGUGUUAUAUCUGAAGAUGGUUUGUAUGUAUGUGGGUGGUUAAAAAGAGGUCCAACAGGAAUAAUUGCUACAAAUCUUUAUGAUGCAGAAGAAACUGUGGCAAGCAUCUAUGAAGACGUAUCUAAAAUAGAGCUAACAUCAAGAAAACCAGGGAGAGAGGGGCUUCUUCAAUUACUUGAAAGUAAGAAGAUUAAAUUUUUUACAUUUGAUGAUUGGAAGAAGAUAGAUUUUGAGGAGAAGAGGGUUGGGGGUUUAAAAGGGAAACCAAGAGAAAAGUUAACCGCAUGGAAAGAUUUACUACAAGUAAAGUAACCACAAAAUGAAAAGCAAAAAAUUUAUUAUUUUCAUGGGUAUUUUGUUAAAUUAAUUGUUUCAUAACGGAAAUGGCAUGUAGGCUUUUUUCAAGGGGGUUUGAUUAAUGAGAUUUAUGACCAUUACAUAAAAAUAUGGUGACUGUUGUGUUACUCAACAUUAUGAUAUUCUAAUUUCUAUUAGUGGGGAU